AAGCGGCCAUCACGUUUCCACACCCGAUCAUCAGGUAGGCGGGAAGAAGCGCUCAACUCCACCCUGUUUCGACAGCUUCGGCGCUUGGACCCUAUCCGUGAGCGAAUGAGAGGCUGGGAGGAGCAAGAGGGACGGAGCUCGGCUCGGGUUCCCUCUUUUUCUCCGGCCAGCGACCUGCAGUCUGGGUAGUUGCGGUGUGGCAGUUUGCUCGCUAGUUUGCCAGCGGGCAAUGCUAUUGACAGCGGUCUUUGCGUCGUCUCUGCGCUUUCCCGAUCGCUGCUGAGCGGAGUUCUCGGCCUUCCGCGCUGCUCUCCUGGAAGAGGCUGGCAGGAAUUAAAGGAAAAACCUAAGGAAUAAAUUGGUUUUAAAACUGGUUUUAGUGUCAUUCUCUGUGCUGCUGAAUUCGAUUUUUGCUCUUUCUUGGCAGUAGCCUUUUCAUCUUUGAAUAACCGGAAUGGGCCUAAUUGUGCAAUAAAUCCCAUAUUUCCCAACCAGUCUGGUCAAGACGUGCUAACUAAAUGGAAAUGGCGUCUCCAAAAUCCUUACUGAAUAUUCUGACCUUCACUUUUGGAUCUGCAAUUGGUUUUUUCCUAUGUUACUUACUGUUUAAUUUAAGAUUAGAUGAACAAAUCAAGGUUGAGCCUCACAUUCUUCAAAAUGAUCCUCAUGGCCAUCAUUCAGAUAAUGAUGAAAACAAUAACCUGAAAGGACAAAUGAAUUUCAAUGCUGAUGCUGGGCAACAUAAAGAUGAAAAUAAAAAUAUUGCUGAAGACUUGUACCAGAAGGUAAGAAUACUUUGCUGGGUGAUGACAGGUCCUCAAAAUCUGGAAACAAAAGCCAAACAUGUCAAAGCUACUUGGGCCCAGCAUUGCAACAAAAUCCUAUUUAUGAGCUCUGAGGAAAACAAGAACUUUCCAACAGUGGGACUAGAAACCAAAGAAGGCAGAGACCACUUAUACUGGAAAACUAUUAAAGCUUUCCAGUAUGUACAUGAACAUUAUUUUGAUGAAGCAGAUUGGUUCAUGAAGGCAGAUGAUGACACCUAUGUUGCACUGGACAAUUUGAGAUGGCUCCUUUCAAAAUACAAUCCUGAAAAACCCAUUUAUUUUGGGCGAAGAUUUAAGCCUUUUGUAAAACAGGGUUAUAUGAGUGGUGGGGCAGGAUAUGUGCUUAGCAAAGAAGCUCUGAAAAGAUUUGUGGAUGCUUUCAAAAAUAACAAAUGUACCCAUAGCUCUUCCAUUGAAGACUUAGCAUUAGGCAAGUGUAUGGAGAGCAUUAAUGUUGAAGCUGGAGAUUCUCGUGAUACAAGCGGCAAGGAAACCUUCCAUCCAUUUGUGCCAGAACAUCAUUUAAUCAAAGGAUACCUUCCCAAAAACUUUUGGUACUGGAAUUACAACUAUUACCCUGCUAUAGAGGGCCCUGCUUGCUGUUCUGAUCUAGCAGUUUCUUUUCACUAUGUAGAUGCUACUACUAUGUAUCAUUUGGAAUACUUGAUUUAUCAUCUCCGUCCUUACGGUUAUCAAUUCAGAUAUAAUCCUGAUGUCUCAGAAAAACAAAAUUUAAGUGAGGCUACAAAAGGUGGUAUAAAAAUCAAAGCUGAAGAAAAUAUUCCAAAAGCUUCUAAAUAAGGGGCCUUGCUCAGCUAAAACUGGCAAAAUGAGUUUCCUAAGUAUAUUUCCAAAGUGUUCUUUUGUAUCCUUUUCUAAUACACUGGUACAUUUUUUCAUAUGCCAAGAGACUGCAUGCAGUACUUCUAUCAAAGCUUUGCUUUACUGACACAUAGACUCAAUCUGCACUUGAAACAAAUACUUUUGUUCCUUUUCACACAUGGACCUUCAACAUUGUCAUCCUUUUUCAUUAGGAUUUGAAUGUAUUCCCUUUUUUCCUAACAAAAAAUUCACUUUCUUUGCUUUAUCAAAUCAGAAAAUGAUGAAGACAUUCAAGUUUGUAUAUGAAAAAAAACACUUCAUUCCAUGAAAUCACCUGAAAAAACCUGCAGCAUCAAAAAUGACCACAAGAGGCCAAUUUUAAAUAAGAUUUUCUUAACAGCUUGAACACUUAUAUCACAUUUUUUGUAUCACAGCUUGAAUGUUUCCAUAGAAUGAAGUCUUAGGAUUGGUAGCCAAAAGAGAGGUGUAAAUAUCAUUAGUAGAUAUGUGUAAAUAUAAUUCAAUUAUUAGAAUGAUUGUUGUCUGAGCAAAACAAAAUAUUACUUCUUGAUAUUACUGUUUUUCAUUUCUUUUGUUUAUGUCAUACUUUUAACUUCCUCUGGAACAUGAAUUCCAGAGGACGUAAGAACUAUUCAUUAGAAAUACUUUUCUAAGUAUCAUUCUAUAUAUUCAGAACUGGAUUUGUUUAUAUUAGGAUAUUAAAUAAUGUUGCUAAUUUAA